UCAUGCUUGAGCGGCGAAUUUAAUCAACACAGAUGGUGGAUAAUUUUUGAGCGUCGUUUUGAGCCAAAAGAAAUGAAAUUGAACUCAAACGAUGGGGCUCGGAGGAAACUCCAGUUUGUUCCAUCGUCACAGACAACGUACUAUCUCGAUAUUUCUUCCGAUAAAGUCAAAGCAAAAGCUGUUCAGAGAAUUUUGUUGUUGCAUGGAAAAAUCGAGGAGUUUUUGUCAAAAGAAGUGAAUUUGGUGCUUACAGAUAGAAAUAACAUUGCUAAAGAAGAAGUCCCAACUUCAGACGUAACACAAAAACAGCUGCUACCAUUUAGUAGAGGAAAAGCUCUUUUACUUAAGGCAGCAAAACGUAAAAGUCUUCCAAAUGACCCAGUACAAAAUGCACAUAUACUUGGUGUAGAUAUUCAGAAAGUCUCAAAAUUCUUAAAAGACACAGAAUGCAUUCAUUCAAAAGAGAAGAAAAGUCGGAACAAGGCAGGGAUGUUGGAUGGAAUAGAACCUCUCACCUGGGCAGAAAAAGAGAACUAUCCAGUUGUGAAGUGUGAAGACAUGUUAAAAAAUUAUAAACCUCUAAUUAAGAACUUUGAUGUCUUUCCACAUGUUAAAUAUGAUCCUGAGUUAGCAUCUCCCUUUGAUAAAACUGCUAUGUUACUUCGGAAGUCAAAAGAAAAUGUCAAUCGCUAUGCUGUUCAGAAACAACCUUUGUCCAUCUCCAAUAGAGGGGGUUUUUGUGAAGCAUGUGACCACUGGUAUAAAUGCUCACUGCGACAGCACUUAAACAGUGAUAGACAUUUAAAAUUCAUCAAAGAUACCACCAAUUACAAGGUACUAGAUGAAAUUAUGCAGAAAUUGCCAUCCUUAGAAACAUUUGCAAAGAAGUUCAAUCUUGGUGAAAAGACACUGUAUAAAAAUGAAACCAAGGAAGAACCAGGAUAUCAAGCAUCAGUGCCAGAGGAGGGAGAGGAUGGUACGACAGAACAUGGAGAAGUGUUCCAUAGCUGUACUGUCGAGGACACUGUCAUAAAAACUACAGUCAGUUUCUACAAAGAAAAUAAAACUGAUUGCAAUCACAAACAUGGGUGUGAAAAUAAAAGUGAACAUUUAGAAGACUUACCAAGUAGAGCCAUGCAAAAUCAAGAAAUGAAGGAUAAAAAGAAAGAAAGUGAUGUGUUAACAUCACACAAACAGGAAGACAAUAAGGAUCUAGAGAUUCCUGGUAUUUACUUUAGUCCUAUUCACUCUCCAAGCUGUGUGUCGGAUAAUCUUAGUUUUGCAGACCUGGCAAACCGCUGGAUGGCAGACAUCAAAUCAGCAUGUGUAACUGCUAAUAAGGACUCCCAUUCAUUUCUCCUUGAUAAAAACACCAAAAUCCAGCCCUCUGGUCCACAUCAGCAUACCACUGACCCAAUCUGUAAACCAACAUCCUCAGUAAGUGAUUCCAAGUCCAUGUCAAGUGUUGACUGUGAUGAUAAUGUACUGUUUCAACAGUCAGCGACUGUAUCCUCUAAGGAUUCUGCCUCCUGUCUCACAUCUUCCAGUGUUAAUCCUGUGCCAAAUAAUGUAACAGAUUUCUCAAACAAUGAUCCAUCACAUACAGCUAAUGUAAAUAUGGAGGCAACAAAGUCAAAUAUUUUAAACCAUGUGGAGAAAGACAUUGUUGAACUGACCACCAGCAAAACUCCACAGCCAGCUGUCCAAGCUAAGGUUCCAGUCAAUAGAAGGCUGACAUAUUCCCCUUGUGUAAGCAAAGCUGACAAUGAUGCUGAUAACCCACCACUUAAAGACUCACUGGAAAACAAAGAGAACCAACAAAAUGUGUAUCUGAAAGAACAAGUACAACAACCAAUAAAAAUCAAGAUCAACUUAAACAGUUUAAAGGUCAAUCCUAAUGUCCAUUUGGUCAAAUCUCAUAGAAAACGCCGUAGGGAUAGUUCCUUGUCCAAUGUGUACUGUGCUGUUCAACAAAGUGACAUGAAACUUAAACUGUGCAAGGUCAAGGUCACACCUGUCCAACAGAAUGGAGAUCUUCGACAUUACUGGAAGGUGCGUAAAUCUGGAGGUUGUCGCCUUGUGUUCAGUGCCGAGAAAAGAAAGGCAAGUGAGGAGGGGGAUUAUACAGCAUCAAAAAGGAAACGCAUUGAGAUGCAAUAGACAUGUCUAUCCUGUAGU